UGCUUUGUGCAUCUCCAUGACAGCAGAGAGAGUAAUGCUCGCUUCUGCAGCCUAUCCCACUCUCUGUUUGACUUUCUUAUCUGACGGGCACGCCACCUCCCACAGUCGCACCAUAUUCACGGAGGACUUCCCUUUUGCAAAGCAGUCCACCUUUUCCACCAUCUCCCCAGCGUCGGAGAAGCUGAAACUCAAACCGGGAGGAAGGUUUUAUUUCCAGGAGCCAGCCGACAUGUGCACCGGAAAGUGUUCCCUCUGCAUCGCGGUGACUCUGUACCCGCUGGUGCUCAUAUCCAUCAUCUGCAACAUCGUGCUCUUCUUUCCCGAUGGAGACAUCAAGUAUGCCAAAGAUGACCAUAUUACACCAGAGGUGAAGUACAUGGGGGGAGUCAUUGGAGGAGGGAUAUUGGUGCUGCUCCCUGCUCUUUACAUUCACCUGACCGGACAGCAGGGCUGCUGUGGAAAUCGCUGUGGGAUGUUCUUAUCUAUUGCCUUUGCCGCAGUGGGCGCGGCCGGUGCCUUGUACAGCUUCAUUGUGGCCAUCUUAGGCUUGAAGAACGGACCCCUCUGUAAGGUAUUGCUGAUUUGGAUGAGGCCUUUCGAAGACGGUGACAGCAGUUACCUGAGCGACAGCUCGCAGUGGUGGAAGUGCCUAGAGCCCGAGAACAUCAUCCAGUUCAACAUUGGGCUCUUCAGCACUCUCCUGGUGACCAGCGGCCUGCAGCUGAUUCUCUGUGCCACUCAGAUGAUCAACGGGUUGGUGGGCUGCCUGUGUGGCACCUGCAACAAGGACUCGGGGAUGAUCUGAAGAUGAGUCCGUGCUUUUAGAAUGGGAGCCCUGAGGAUCUGACCGGCGCCCCCUGCUGCCUCCUUUAACACUGACAACUUUUUUAAGGCUGCAGAAAAGAAUUGUGUUGAAAAGGUUUACUUUUCAGUUUUGUACUUUUUUUUUUUAAACACAUUAUUGGUACCCAUGAUCUUACAUGCACUAGCAUUUCUGAGGCAUAUGUUUUGAAAAAAUAAACAAUACAUUUGUUUUAGAAAGUCCCACAGUGUGCUGCUUAGAAACAGGGUCUUAUUUGAUGCUCGGUUAUGGAGGGCUGAAACUGACAUAAUUAUAAAUAAAAAAAGCAAAGUGAGAAAUUCAAAAGGAAAUAAGAUAUGUAAAUGCAUCUAGAAGUAAAAGAAAAAAGUAAUUUAAGUAAAUUAAGUCACAAAAUACACGGUAAACAAAUUGGAUAUUUAAAAGACUUUACUAAUGUUAAAAUGACUUAUUUUAUUUGUACAUAUUAAGUGUAUUGGUUUAUUUAUUGGGACAUUCCUACAUUUGUUUUUAAUUCUGUCAGUUCGGGUGGUUUAAAGUGUUAUUUUAGGCCGUCUUCUACAUUUCUUCCUCACAUCCUCAGAGGCAGAAGUUGUGACACUGAACUGAAUGACAGCUCUUAUUAACCUGCACUGCAAAGGAGCUGCAUUUCAGCAGCUAGAGUGUAAAUCCACUGAUGGAGGUAGUUUUUUUUUUUUUUAAACACUGUUUUACAUAAGACAUUUAUAGGUCUUGUGGAUUUUUUUUUUUUGUCAAUUAGAAAACUAACUUCUGAUUUACUGUAAUUCCAUUUUAAAGUGACUUGUCAAAUAAAAACAGGAAAAAUCUAAGGUCCUCUUUAUUCAUAGAUUUAAUGCAGCUUGUAUCAUUCCAACACUACUUAAAAUUGAUUUACAAACAAUUAUUGAAAAUACACACGUCUGGAUUGUAUGUAAACUGGCAAAUAAAAUCACAUAAUAAAACAAUGGAAUUAGGCUUAAACGGCUUAUAAUGAGGCAGCUGAUAUACGAUUAGUGAUACUUUUAAUAACGAAAAGCAACAAACACACUGCAAAUACCAGGAGGAAAAUAACAAAGUCACCAUGAUAAACAAGUAUUUAAAUGUUUGCUGGUGUUUUUAAGGGAGUGUGACAAGGUUUAAAAACGCCUAAAACUGCAGCAAAAGGUUUGAGGUUGAUGAAAACAUUAGUGAGAGGCAAAGUUAAGGUUCCCUAAAAGCAGCAAACAGAUCUUUAAACAGGGUCACUUUAAAAAA